AUGUACACUACAGUGUGCGACUUCUACCCCGGCGUGUCGUGCGGCGACCCGCGGUUCACGGGCGCCGACGGCAACACCUUCUACUUCCACGGCAAGAAGGAUCAGAACUUCUUCAUCGUCACCGACGCCGGCCUGCACAUCGACGCGCACUUCAUCGGCAACCACAACCGGGCCACGAAGCGCGACUUCACGUGGAUCCAGGAGCUGGGCAUCCGCUUCGCGCACCACAGCCUCUACGUCGGCGCCACCAGGGCCGCCGCCACGUGGGACGCCGCCGCCGACCACCUGGCCCUCGCCUUCGACGAGGAAGCCGUCACGCCUCCGUCGGCGCUCGGUGGUUCCCGCCCGCCGCGCCGGCGCUGUCCGUCACCCACCUACCGCACCGACUACGUCAACAGGCUCAACGUCACCGCCAAGAUGCCCGUCAUGGGAGGCGCCUACACCUUCCGCUCCUCGGGACUCUUCGACGCCGACUGCGCGGUCGCCAGGUUCGGACGCAACACCGCCGCCGCUUCCUCAGCCGCCGGCGCCGGCAUCGCCAUGGCCACCGACGCCAAGUACCUGUAG